AUGCACUCGCCAUUGAGUGUCCUAGACUCGUCCUCUCAGGCUCCUGUAAUCGUCCAGUCGAUUCAAGAAAACCCCGAAUCUCUCCUCCACCACAGAUCGCACUCGGCCCGUACUCGGCCUGACCUUCACGAUCCUUCCUCGAACGUGCUGCCUCCGGUAGAAGACGAGAAGGGUGAGGGCUAUCGGCGAGCCUCAUACUCUUCGGGCACGGAAUCCGACGACUUCUCCCUCUGGAGCGACACUGGGGAUCUCGCAGAGCAGCUUACCAACGACGAAGACCCCUAUCGGAUAGAGCUCGAUCCUCUAACACGGGAAGGUCAAAGGCUCACACACUCAGGCCACGGUGGGGGACGGAAGAAGAGAGUCAAGUUUCAAGCACAAACCCACCUCGAGCAGUCCGACGCUACUCUUGGUAUAGACAAAGAGGCCAUCUCUAUUCCGGAACCUCCACCGAGGCAUAUUCCAAAAGCUGAGAGGCUGCUGGCCCUCAUCAUGUCUCCUGGGGAGCCUCAGACUGCCCGGGCCAAGGGCCUGGUUGGGAAGCCUUUACUAUACUUUACCAGUGUUUUUGUUUCUCUGGGUGUUUUCCUAUUUGGCUACGACCAAGGCGUUAUGUCUGGCAUUAUUACUGGUCCUUUCUUUCGAGACUAUUUUAAUCAGCCUGGCUCUGCAGAGGUCGGGACUAUGGUCGCCAUUCUUGAGGUCGGCGCCCUCAUCGCGUCGCUCUGCGUUGGUCGGAUAGGCGACAUCAUUGGCCGGCGAAGGACUAUUCUUUAUGGCUCCAUGAUUUUCUUCGUUGGCGGUAUGUGCCAAACUUUCGCCAACGGCAUGCCAAUGAUGAUGGUGGGGAGAUUGAUUGCUGGUUUUGGAGUCGGUGCCCUUUCCACGAUCGUCCCUGUUUAUCAAUCGGAAAUCAGUCCGCCCCAUAACCGGGGCAAGUUGGCGUGCAUUGAAUUUACAGGCAACAUUACCGGAUAUGCUGCAAGUGUUUGGGUCGAUUACUUUUGCAGUUACAUCGAAAGUGAUUACUCGUGGAGAGUGCCUCUUUUGAUGCAGUGUGUGAUGGGGGCAUUGCUCGGGUUUGGAAGUCUCAUCAUCUGCGAAUCUCCAAGAUGGCUUCUUGACAACGAUCACGAUGAAGAGGGUAUCAUCGUCAUAGCCAAUCUUUAUGGCAAAGGGGACAUUCACAACCCUAAAGCUCGACAGGAAUAUCGCGAAAUCAAGAUGAACGUCCUUCUCCAACGUCAGGAAGGGGAGCGGUCCUAUAGCGACAUGUUCAAGCGCUACUACAAGCGGGUCUUCAUUGCCAUGUCUGCCCAGGCUUUUGCUCAAUUGAACGGUAUCAAUGUCAUCUCCUACUAUGCACCCCUUGUCUUUGAAUCAGCGGGGUGGAGAGGACGAGAUGCGAUCCUAAUGACGGGGAUCAACGCGAUUUCGUACCUCGCGUCUACGAUUCCGCCGUGGUAUUUGGUGGACAGAUGGGGAAGAAGACCAAUCCUCCUGUCUGGCGCGGUGGCCAUGAUAAUUUCCCUUUCGCUGAUAUCUUACUUCAUCUUCAUCGAUGUCCGGUGGACUCGUGUGUUGGUGGUCAUCUUUGUCAUGAUCUACAACGCUGCCUUUGGUGCAAGCUGGGGACCAAUUCCGUGGCUGUAUCCCCCGGAGAUUCUACCGCUCAGCAUCAGGGCGAAAGGAGCGAGCUUGAGCACGGCCAGUAACUGGGCGUUCAACUUCUUGGUUGGUGAACUCACGCCCGUCCUGCAAGCGGCGAUCAAGUGGAGAUUGUAUCUUCUCCAUGCCUUCUUCUGCGCAGUCAGCUUCGUUCUUGUAUACUUUGUCUAUCCAGAAACUGCGAACGUCCGGCUUGAGGAUAUGAACGCACUCUUUGGAGAUGCUACAUCGGCCAUGCCGACACCAUCGACCCAUGCGGAGAGAGGAUCUCUCGUCGGCGUUGGCUCGCCUUCUUCCAUCGAUAUCAGAGGCGGUGCUUCUCGGCAGCCGGGCGCUUUCUCGGCCAACGAUGCCAUCCCCGGCUUAGAUAUUGAUCCUCCCGAUGUUCAGGUCGACGCCAAUGGCAGGGCACAGAGAAGCCGCCAGAACAGUGAAGGACUCGGUGGCUGGAUUGGACGCAUGGUUUCGAGGUCGCAGCCGGACGGUAGCAGUCGAGGGCAGUACGGGAAGGUCGGACAGAGCGACGAUUAA